UUGACUGAAGUUUCUUCGCUCCAGGUGUCUUAAACCAUGGCUGUCGGGAUCAGUCCGUACAGCAGCCACAACCUGAGCGCUCUGCACUUCUGAUCACUGAAAGUGACCGAAACAGGCGCCUUUAUCUGCUCCAGGCAACCCAAUAGCAAGGAUUUCCAACAGAGAGAUGCGGCCACUGUACCAGACCCUGGGUGAAUGGCCAAGACGGGGAUCAGAACCAGGCUGAGGCUUUGCAGAAUUGGAGCCGAGAGCGGUCCGGCAUCCCUGGCCAUUAUGGGAACUUAAAUAUCAAGACACCAGGAGCAGCCAAUUGAAAUGUCUGGGAGAUGAAGGAGGAAAAACUCUGAGUGGCAGCGUGUAAUAAAGCAGCCGAAGACAGAGUAACCUUUGAGGCAGAGGGAGUGAGCGGCGCUCACAUAUGCUCGCACCAUGCCCAGUUUGGCUCUCCGCGCUCCCGGAACAAACGCUCCGGCCGGACUCUAACUGGUGCUAUGGAACCGUACGGCCGUCUCUGUGUCCUCUGCAUUCUGCUGCUGCUUAGAGGGCUAUGCAGGUCAUUCAACAUUGAUGUGAAAAGACCCCAGAUCUUCCAGGGUCCACCGGAGGCUCAGUUCGGUUACAAAGUCCUGCAGCACGAAGCUGGAGGGGAGAAAUGGAUGUUGGUCGGGGCGCCCUGGGAUGGGACAGCCGACAACCGGAAAGGGGACGUGUACAAGUGCGUUACGGGUGCAAGAAACAACUCCGUCUGUGCCAAGGUCAACCUAGGUGACCUGGCCCUGCGGAACGUCUCCACGCAAAUCAGAAACAUGCACUUUGGAAUGACGCUCCUGGACAACAAAGAGGAUGGCUUUGUGGCCUGCGCCCCCCUCUGGUCCCAGGAGUGCGGCACCUCCAUGUUCAGCACGGGCAUCUGCACCAGGGUGGAUGGCAGCUUCCAGCCGACUGAAACCAUCGCCCCCACGGCUCAGAGGUGUUCUACCUACAUGGACAUAGUGAUUGUCCUGGAUGGCUCCAACAGCAUCUAUCCCUGGUACGAGGUGCAGAACUUCCUCAGCAACAUCCUCAGCAAGUUUUUCAUCGACCCAAACCAGAUCCAGGUGGGGGUGCUGCAGUAUGGGGAGAAAGCUGUCCACGAAUGGAGCCUCCGGGAUUACCAGACGGCGGAAGAAGUGGUGGAGGCGGCGAAGAACAUCAGCCGGCAGGAGGGCCGGGAGACUCGCACGGCGUUCGCUAUCCACAAGGCCUGCUCGGAGGCGUUCAGCCCAGAGCGGGGGGGCCGGGAAGGAGCCACCAAACUGGUGAUCGUGGUGACGGAUGGUGAGUCCCAUGACAGGGAUGAGCUGCCGGAGGCCCUGGCUGAAUGCAAGAAACGCAACAUCACACGCUAUGCUAUUGCGGUCCUAGGUCACUACAUGCGCCGACAGCAGGAUCCUCACUCCUUUAUCAAUGAAAUCAAGUACAUCGCCAGCGACCCCGAUGAGAAAUACUUCUUCAACGUGAGCGACGAGGCGGCCCUGAACGACAUUGUGGAUGCCUUAGGGGACAGGAUCUUCAGCCUCGAAGGAACGCAUGGAUAUAAUGAAAGCUCCUUUGAACUGGAGAUGUCCCAGAUCGGCUUCUCAACCCACCUGCUGGAGGACGGGAUCCUCUUUGGCACCGUGGGGGCGUAUGACUGGGAUGGGGCCGUCCUCAAGGAGAGCAGACACGGCCGGGUCAUCCUGCCCCGGAAAGCCUUCGAGAAGGAGUUUCCACUGGAGCUGAAGAACCAUGCAGCCUACCUAGGUUACGCAGUCUCCUCGGUCCGGCUCCGGAAUGGGAAGUGUCUCUACGUGGCGGGGGCACCACGUUUUAAGCACAAGGGGAAGGUUAUCCUGUUCGAGAUGAGCAACAGUGGAAGCGUGGUCAUAUCCCAGGCCCUCGCUGGGGAGCAGAUCGGCUCAUACUUUGGUAGCGAAGUGUGUCCUGUGGACGUGAAUGGGGACGGAAUCACGGACGUCCUGCUGGUCGCUGCCCCAAUGUACUUGGGAGGUCAGAACAAAGAGACAGGCCGGGUCUAUAUCUACAAAGUCGGCCAGCUGCUCCUGACGUUCAACGGGACCCUGCAUGCUGACAAGAAGCCCCAGGACUCUCGCUUCGGUUACUCCCUGGCAGCCGUGCCCGACCUCAACCACGACGGCUUUAACGACGUGGUGGUGGGAGCGCCCCUGGAGGAUGGCCAUAGGGGAGCGGUGUACGUUUACCAUGGCGCCCGGGGCACCAUCCUGCCACAGUACCAGCAGCGGAUCGAAGCCUUGUCCCUCCACCCGAGUCUGAGCUACUUCGGCCGCAGCGUGGACGGGCAGAUGGACCUGGAUGGGGACAAGCUGGUGGACUUGGCUGUCGGGGCCCAGGGAGCCGCCGUGGUGUUGUGGUCGCGGAGGAUCGUCCAGGUCAACGCCUCGCUGGCCGUCAACCCUGCCUCCAUCAACGUGCUCCAGAAGAACUGCCAGAGGCAGGGCAAGGACUCCGUGUGCGUCACGGCCACCGUCUGCUUCCGCGCCACCUCCAGGUCCCCGGGCCGGGGGAACAGGCAUUUCGGGAUCAAGUACAGCGUGUCUCUGGAUGACAGGAAGUUCGGCGCCAGGGCCGUGUUCGACGACACCUCCCAGAAGCUGGUGCAGAAGCGGCUCCGAGCCAGCGUGGGGAAGGCAGCCUGCCAGCCGCUCCCCUUCCACGUGAUUGACACGACUGACUACCUGAGCCCGGUCAGCAUGAUGGUGAAGUUCGCCCUGAGCGAUUCUGACCCAGGCCCCAUGCUGGAUGAGAGAUCGUCCACCACUGUUAAGAAGCUGAUCCCUUUCUUCAAGGACUGCGGAGAGGACAAUGAGUGCGUCACGGACCUGGUGCUCCAGGCUAGCAUGGAUCUCGCCGGCUCCAGGCAGAAGCCUCACGUUGUCCGCAAGGGGAAGAGGAAGGUUCUGGUGAACGUGGUCCUGGAGAACAAGAAGGAAAACGCCUACAAUGCCAGCCUCAAGCUCUGGUUCUCCAAAAACCUCCACUUCUCCAGCCUCUCGCUCAAGGGGGAAACCCAGGUGAAGGUUGAAUGCAGUGCCCCCUCCCCGCACACCCGCACCUGCAGCGUGAGCUACCCCGUCUUCAGGUCCCUGGCGAAGGUGGCGUUCCUGCUCGAGUUCGAGUUCAGUUGCUCCUUCCUGCUCGACCGAGCGCACCUGAAACUCACAGCCAGCAGCGACAGCAUCGAAAUGAACGAGACCCUACACGAUAACACAGUGCAGCCCUUCACCUACAUCAGCUACGAGCCCGACCUCUUCCUCUCCAGCGAGGCCACCCUGAACCGGUACGAAGUGCAUCCGGCAGGCACCUUUUCCAGCAGCGUCGGGCCGGAGUUCAAGACCACCAUCAAGGUCCAGAACCUCGGCUGCUAUGCGGUCAGGAACCUCUCCGUCAGCAUGUCCCUCCCCGCCAUGGCCUUCCGGCGCAGCUACUUCCUCUCUGUCACACGCAUCAUCGCCGACAAUGUUACCUGUAUCGUGCAAAACCUGACGGAGGCGUCACUACGGAGCCAGGCUGGAGUGAUUCCUAUUCACCCUGAAGAUCUCUUGCAUGCAGACAGACUGAAUUGCAGCAACUCCUGGUGCCAGGUGGUCAGGUGUGAGCUGGAGCAGCUGGAGAAGAACACAGAGGUGUCCAUCCACUUGCUGAGGGUGAUCCACAAUGACUUCUUCAGAAGGGCUAAAUUCAAAACCGUGAAAGUCAUCAGCACGUUUGCACUUGUUGCCACGGAGAACAGCUUCCUCUUCCUUGAGGAGUCAGCGCAUCGGCGAGAGACAGUCCUGGAGAUCAUCCAGCCCAAGCGCAUCCCCAUCUCCUUAUGGAUCCUGAUCGGCAGCAGCAUCGGAGGGCUCCUGCUACUGGCACUGAUAAUAUUCUGUCUGUGGAAGCUUGGAUUCUUUACUCACAAGAAGAUCCAGGAAGAGGAGGAGGAGCAGCAGUGACAUUGCAGGGGGCUUCCUGCUCAGUUCCUUGCUACAACAAACUCACCGUCUCUCAAGCCCCACCACACUCUAGCCAAUCCUCCCAGCCUCAGAGGAAGAGCAGCAGGGGUCGUGCUGAGGGGCAGAAGAGACCCGUACGCGGUUAGCCCAUGAACAUUUCCUUUGGCAUGCCUGUGGCUCUGAGGACCUUACCACCUGUCUGUCUCUCUCGCUGGUGCCACAUGGGUUCCAGCAGUAGAACUAACCGAAGAUGGACCCCCUUCUGCUUGGGCUCACAACGCAAAAGAUGGUGUGCUAGGGUUGGGGGGAGGAGGGGGCACACGCUAAUCCCAUAACCCUGCUAGUGCUCCUAAACUAAGUUGCAUGAAGAAUGCAGCUAGGUUCCCAAGUAUUUUGAGCCCAAAGGGACUACAGGGAACCUUAGCGGCUACUAAAGCAGGCACAAAAACCACAUCCAACAGCCAGCGUGGAUCUCCCUAUCAGCCACUCGACUCAUCAGCCCAGGCUAGCUGAAAUCAGACAACGGUGCCAUUGGAUGUAGAAACUCUUUCCACCUCUCCAGCUGCAGUAUUCCCACUGCACUUUGAGCAAUGUAGUCAUUGCAACUCGUAGCCAGCCGGGGCUUGUCAAUAAAGUUUGCAGCGUGGUUUGUUAAGUCCUGUAAAGAGUUAAGAUAAACCUCACCCCACUUGGUCCUACAGCAGAUGCUGUUUUAAGAGGGUGCAAGUCCGGUCACUCAGCCAUGUCCGCUCCCUCCUCCUUAGGGCUUCCUUUCACUUAGGGUGGAACUGCAGGAAUGCCCUGAGCCCCCAUUGCAAGAGUGGGGCCAACAUUAGUCACUCAAAAUGGAGCCAGGCUUAGCGGGAGUAGAGUGAGGAGUCAGCACCACAGAGGCUGCAGGGCUGGGAAUUACAGAAACCCUCUGCGUGAGCAGGACAGCUAGAACUAGGGAAGGGAUGCCCCUGACCGCUCAGGGAGUGCCUCUUGCUCCACCACUGCUCUUUCCCCUUUCAGGAAUGACUAAUAGGAGUCACAGAGCACUCGGAUGCAGAUCCAGGUUACGCAACAACAGUCUGGGCAUAAAGGUAAGGGGGACACAGCUUGUGAUUAGAGAGCGUCUGGGUCUAGAAAAUCCUCUGGGUGGAGGAGGCUGGGUAAGAAAGCAUCACAUCCCCAGCUACUGCUCUGUAGCAUUGCUGCCUCGGCCUGUCCCUGGCAGAGCAGGAUGUGAAUCGUUCCCCUGGAGCAAGCCUGAAGGCCAGAAGAUUGAGUUGCUUUGCACCUGCUGCAUUUAUCUCCAAAGGCAGAGGCCACAAAAGCCAAAGGAGCAGGGUUAAAAAGCCGCCCGUUAUCUCUGCUCAACCCCCUUAAAACCUGAAGGAUGGAAUGUUCCUAGGACAGCCCCUAGCCUGCAGUCUGCUCCAGCACUGAAAUACACACUGAUUUUUUUCUUGACUCUAACCUGGACAAAUAGAAGGUCCCCAGGGCAAAGUGUAACCAGCUCCUACUCUAAGCAGGUAUUCAACCUCCACAGUCCAUGCCCAGCCAGAGCUGAGACAGUUUUAGAGUGGGACGAAUGUGGCGGACACAGAUACAGACAGUAGAUGGUCUCCUAUAAAGCAGUUCAAAGAGAUGCUCUUAUCAUUUGGUGCUAAAAAUCAUAGAACUGGAAGGGACCUCAAGAGGUCAUCUAGUCCAGUCGCCUGCCCUUAUGGCAGGGCUAAGUAUUAUCUAGAUCAUCCCUGACAGCUGUUUGUCAAACCUGCUCUUAAAAAUCUCCAAGGAUGGAGAUUCCACAACCUCCCUAGGCAAUUUAUUCCAGUGCUUCACCACCCUGACAGGAAGUUUUUCCUAAUGUACAACCUAAACCUCCCUUGCUGCAAUUUAAGCCCAUUGGUUCUUGUCCUGUCCUCAGAAAAAUUGUUGUUCUUAACCUCUCCCUCCUUGUAAUAACUUUUUAUGUACUUCAAAGCUGUUAUGUCCCCUCUCAGUCUUCUCUUUUCCAGACUAAAACAAACCCAGUUUUUUUUUUCCCAAUCUUCCCUCAUAGGUCAUGUUUUCUUUAAUCAUUUUCGUUGCUCUUCUCUGGACUGUCUCUAAUUUGUCCACAUCCUUCCUGAAAUGUGGUGCCCAGAACUGGACACAGUACUCCAGUUGAGGUCUAAUCAGUGCGGAAUAAAGAAGAAUUACGUCUCGUGUCUUGCUCAUAACACUCCUACUAAUACAGCCCUGAAGGAUUUUUUUUUUUUUUUUUUUUUUGCAACAGUGUUACCCUGUUGACUCAUAUUUAGCUUGUGAUCCACUAUGACCCCCAGAUCCCUUCCCACAGUACUCAUUCCUAGGCCAUUGUUUCCCAUUUUACAUGAGUAUCAUCACUGGGGAGGGAUAAGAACAGGUGAGACAAAUCCCUGUGUGGGAUGGUCUAGGUAUGCUUGGCCCUGCCUCAGCACAAGGGGCAGGACUAGAUGACCUCUUGAGGUCCCUUCCAGGCCGACAUUUCUAUGAAAGCUGAAGAGCUGCCUGCGUCAGAUGCUGGAGACUGAAACUGACCAGUAGCCAAAUGGGGAAAGAGGCAAAAUCAUCAAGCAGCACCAAUGUAAAAAGUGAAGGGGACUGUGUUUGGGUUUAAUAAGCAGAGCUUUGCCACAAAAGUAGUGUUUAGUGGAGUCACUUUCUAGCCUGAGGAGGUUAGAUGCUGUCUGCAUAAGGGGAAUGACUAAGAAAAUCUCCAAGGCCUUCUACACACAGGAACAUCUGGGCUUCAGCAAUCUGUAUAACGCCAAUGACCCUGUCCCCCCAAGGGUAGAAUAAAUCAUGCAGAUGUUCGCACUAACUGAACCCAAAGCAACCCCCCUGCAUGUCCUGGUCUCCAUUUCAGGGCAGCUGAAUCCAGGCUAGUCCUUGCCUGUAGAGCCUUAAUGGGGUUAGGUCCUGCAGCUACUGGGACAUUUAUAACAAAGGGACGAGCUGCAAGUUGACAUAUAGAAAUGAGAGAGGACGACUAUUGCUAGAAAGGGAGUUAAGCAGUUAUCCAAGUAGAAUGGCAACAACAGGAAGGCAGUUGGAUCUUUCUGAUGGGUAAUUAACCUUCUCCCACCUUUAUAGGAAUUGGACAAUAGAGGGGACCAAAAUAACCUUGCUCCUGACCUAGCUCCUGGAAAAGAGCACUUGUAUCUCAGACGUUCACUUUUACUAAUUCACAAACCCACGCACCCCAAAAUGAAGCUUUCACACUAAUCCAUCCACUCAAAACUUUCAAAGCCGACCCAACACUCCAACCACAGCGCCUAUGGCUAAGUAUCCAUUCUGUUUCAAAUCUCUAUUAUUUUGUACUUUGCUAACAGGCGUAUGAAGUAUUCAUACUAAUUAUAGAAUCAACCAUUAAUACUUGCCAUUGUUUGUUAAGCGCUUUACGUGUCAACUACAUCUGUCCAAAGGAGGAAAAGGAACAUUUGAUGAAGUCACAGCCUUGAUUUAUUUCUGAGUGCUUGUUAUUUGUGGCACACAGCAGUGUUGUGCUCGGUGCUGUACAAACACAGGGCACAAAGAAGAGCCAAUUCACAAAUUUUGCUUGCCCUAGGACUCCCACUCACAUGUGCAUUAAAGAGGUUCCAUUGUUCAACAACCACUUCUCGUUUCCCCCUCCCUCUGUUUGUGCCUUUGCCAACUCAAAGGAAAAUCUGAUCCCUUCCGUCUGCACUGAAUACAAAACCAAGCAAAUCCAUGUCUCAGCUGCUGGAGCAAAUAAAACAUUCAUGAAAAGAGGAUGUAUUCUCGUGGCUUCCCUUAGAAAAGCGGCCCAUGCAAACAAGCUCCGAAGAGAGUCUCUCUAAACGUGGGCUAAAAUCCACCACUAACCUCCGGCUGCAAUCUCCUGCCUGCGUAGUGAGCAAAUCAGUCUUUCCAGCUUCUGCGAAAUCGAACAGUGCUCACUUCUUGCCACCUAUAUGAUGCUGGCUGCCAAGAGGCUCCUUUGAAUGUAGCUUUUGUUUUGGCUUGUGCAAUUCUUCCAGCAGGUUUAAGAUGACAAUCAUUAGCAGCAGCUUGGGGAAAGAGAGAGAGGGGACCGGAUCCCAACUCUCAACAAGCAGGCAGCGUAGCAGACAGCACACUGGGCUAGGAUUCAGGAGACCUGGAUUCUAUUGUUUUCUGCAACUAACCUGGUGGGUGACCUUGGGCAAGUCACUUUACACCUCUGUGCCUCAGUUUCUCUGUAAAAGAGGGAUGACACUGGACCUCCUUUGUACAGCGCUUUGAGAUUUCCGGCUGAAUAGAGGUUUUACAAUUAAAGCAUCAUCAUCAGCUUGGAAGUAAUCAGUUAAAUAAAAGGCAUUAGAGUAGUUUCAGGUCCCAUAACCAGCUCUGCAUCCCCCUGCCAAUUUUGUGGUCUCAAAGCCACAGGUUCCAAACCUGCAAUGGCAGAUCCCUGCAUCUGGGUGGAGCCCCACUGCAGGACUGGAGCAUUAAUUUUCCUAUUUUAAAAAAUGUUUUAUGCAGCUAAAGGGCAGAGAAAGAGAGACCCUCCCACACCAGAGGAAACAGACUACCCAAGGAGAAGAGAAAAACUGACAACAUUUUGUGCUGUCAACCGCACAGAGUAAUUCAACAUUUAACUAUUGACUCUAAUACUAGUGCGUUACUAAUAGAAUUAAUUCCACUUUAAGGCUCCUUGACACUGCCAGAGUGGUAUAAAAGGGCCUUGGGUGCAAAUGAGAAGCUGACCCAGAGGCUUUUCAUCUGCAGUCUGUUCAUAGUCCUCUUCUGGAGGUUCUUGCAAUCAGCAACAAGUGAUUUUCAAAAUAGAAAAUAUGCCUUAAUACUUUCCUCUUGCGGAUACACUUCUUAUCCAUAGAUGUCAAAGCACUUUACAAAGGAGGUCAGCAUCAUUACCUCCAAUUUUUCAGCUGAUGAGAGAGGGGAAGUGACUCGCCCAAAAUCAUACAAGUCAGUAGCACAACUAAGACUAGACCCCAGGACUUCUGUCUCCCUGAAAUAGCCGCAGGAGUCAAAUUCAGCACGACUGUCUACGUCAAUAAAAAUGGGCCCAUGUUUGCAAAUGCACAAGCCACAACUUCCCUACUAAAGGCAAAUUGGUGGGAUAAUAUUCUCCCCUCUUAUUCUCUGGAGGGCCAACACCACCAGCAGAACCCUCUUAACGUAGUGCUGCCAACACCCAUGGAUCCAACUGCAAUUCUCGUGAAAUUUAAUGUUUUGUUUCUUAAAGCUCAAGCUCCUGGAGUCAUGUGAUGGCAUGAGAAUCUCAGCUGUCCUUAAAAAAAGGUGCAGAGGAAAGCUUAAGAAUGGAAACCCUGAAGGUUCCCAAAUCACAAAGAACCCAACACUUUUGGACAGUUGGUUUCCAUGGAUUUUUAAGCCAGUCUUGUGAUUUUUUGACCGGACACCCCCACAAAAAGCAGCCAUGGUAACACAAAGUCUAGACAAGGUGAUCACGUAAGAUGGCCGUUUAUUACAAAUGCACAGACAACAACAGAACCAGGCCAAGUUGGCUCCAAAGUGCAUUCUGACGCUGCCUCCCACUCUGGUUUCCCACCGCUCUUUGUCAUUCCCAUGUUUUAAUAUGGAAAGUCAGUAAGAAUGAACAAGCUCUUCUGCAGAGUGUAAACAUGGUUACACAACUAACUGAUCUCAAUGAUUACACAUUUAAAUCAUUAAAUAAAGACAAGGCAAAACCCCUAAUUGAUAGCAUUUCUCAAGAUUCUUUCCCUAUCCCUUUGGGUACCAUAUAAACCAAAAGUUACCCGAUCAGGGUUUCCUCUUUCAUAGAGGCUUCUGAAGUUGGCUACACCAGGCUUUGCCAUCAAUUUAUACUGUGGUUUCAGGUGAAACACAAGUGGGGAAUAUAAUCCAAAGCAGCAGUCUGAUGGCUCCUUAUUUCAGUUCUAAAUUGACAGCUGAAGUCAACAAAAUUCAAACAGGAAAUAAGAUGCACAUUGUUAAGAAUGAGAGUAAUUGACUACUGAACAAUUUCUCAAGCGACAUGGUGGAUUCUCAUCACUUGGAGUCAGCCUGAGAUAUCCAUUAUUGAUACACAGAAGCUCUAGUUCAACUACAAGUUAUUGGGCUCAGUGCAGGAAACAGAGUGAAAUUCUACAGUCUGUGUUAUAGAAUCAUAGAAAUGUCAGGCUAGAAGGGAUCUCGAGAGGUCACCAAGUCCAGCCCCCUGCACUGAGGCAGUAGCAGGUAAACCUAGACCAUCCCUGACAGGACUUUGUCCAACCUGUUUUUAAAAACCACCAAUGACGGGGAUUCCAGUUCUCUUGGAAGCCUUAACUACACUUAAGAGUUAGAAAGUUUUCCCUAAUAUCUAACCUAAAUCUCCCUUGCUGCAAAUUAAGCCCAUUACUUCUUGUUCUACCUUCAACUGAGAUGGAGAACAGAUUCCCCGUUCUCUUCAUGACAGCCCUUAACAUAUUUGAAGACUUAUCAGAUCCCACCUCAGUCUUCUUUUCUCAAGACUAAGCAUGCCCAGAUUUUUUUAGUCUGUCCUCCUAGGCUAAGCUUUUCUAAAUAGUUUAUCAUUUUUGUUAUUCAGGUCAGUCUAAAUCAUUGAUACUCAGACCUCAUUGGUCCAGGAGCCAAAUUAGCAAUCAAGAGUACCCAACAGAGCCACAGUAGUUUGAAUUCAAUGGUUCAUUUGUGUAUGUUUUACUAUUUUUAUGUAUUAUUCUCAAAGCAAAAUGAUGGACCAAGUAUUAUUUUAUUAACUACAAUUGGUUAACAACAUAGGAAAAGCAUCCUGAUUGGUUAAUCACUUAGAUUUAAUUAACAACUAGUCACCCAGUGUUUUAAUACCAUGUGCUGCAAAGAGGCUCCCAAGCCUCAGUCUGAGCAUCACUGGUUCUAGUUUAUUAUACUGGUCCCUUCUAGUCUUAAAUUGACAGCUAAUAUUUUCCUCAAGUGAGUAGCGAUUUGGGGCACUUCCAUUUCUGGGUUCUCAAUUUGAGAUGCCUGAGAGGAGCCCUGAUUUUCAGGGAGAUGGGGAAGGGAGGUUCUGCACUUUCUGAAAAUUAGGGCUCUUUUUAAGGUGUCUAAGGUGAGGCUUCCCAAAAAUGAAGGCAUCCCACGUUACUAGUCAUGUUUGAUUUCUGCGUUACAACUGUGCUGCAACAUUUAAUGAAGACUGUGUUUCUUUUGCAGUGGGAUUUAGCUCUUGGGCCUGGUCUACACUUAAAACUUCUGUCAGCUGACCUAGGUUUUACAAGUAGAUGCAGGUAGGUGGAUGGACAAAUAUUUCCAUCGACCACUGCUACGUUGACGGAAAAACCCCUGCCAUGGCUUGAGGCUGUGUCUAUACUAUGGAGGCUAUAGCAGCAUAGCUAUGAUGGUGUUACAGCCCCCUAGUGUGGACAUGACCUUGGUCAUAAAAAUGUAUUCACAAUAUAGCCCGCUUCCCCACCAGGGAGUCAUUAAUUACAGACCAAACAUAGGCUCAUUCUCUGCCCCUACCUCCAAUAACUUUACCUUCCGAGUUAGCUGUAGGAUGGCUCAAUUAAUCAUCCUUCCAACACACAUACACCAUGCAGUCCAUGUGUCCCCUUUCACCAAAUUUCCUUGCAUUCAGUGUGUUAGAACCACCAUUAUCUAAACAGCUUGUAGAUAAGCUCAGUCUGGCUUUCUCCUUUCCCUUUUAAAUUAUUCAAUGUCAAUGUGUCAAGCAAACAAACGUCUGUCUCUUUCUUGAACAGCUGCUUCUGGAGGCCUGUGAAAUUCAUCAACAAGCAGAGGGAGGAAUGGAGAAAUAAGUGGUCAAGAUUACCCAGAAGAGUCACACUAAUAAUACGGUUAUAGAACUAGGUGAACCAGAGAGCCAUUCUGCUCUCAGUUCCAGCAGUGCAAAGCUGUAAUAAUUCAAUCAAAGUCAGUGGAGUUAGCUGCUCUUUACACAACCCUGUAUCUAAGGAUACAAUUUGGCCUUUCAUUGCCACAAGACAGACCAAUUCUACUGAGCUCACUCUAACACAACACAGAUAAUUUAAACCCUUCAGCCUUUUGUGUCACCUAUGUGAGGAUGCAGACAUGCUGCAGUACUUAAAAAAAAAAAAAAAAAAAAAUCACUAAAGACAUGGGAGUGGGUGGAACAAUCCAAGCAGAUUUCUGUACACAAAGAAGAGUUGACAGGUAGAUCUGCAGUCAAGGUGAAAUGGGAAGCAAAACAUUUUGAAGUGCCUGUGUGUCUUUGACAACCACUCAGAAGCAGAGAUGCAAUUAUCCCUCCUUCAGCAAAUACUACCAGUCAAAACCAAACAGGUGCUCUUGCCCACAUAACCCAAUUGUGAACAGUCAUACAAAGAGCAGUACCAGUGCCCCUUACAGACUUCUCCUGUGACACAACUGACAGAGGUUAAUUGCAGGUACUAAACAGCCAGAUGUACAGAAGAGCUCACCUCCCAUGUAAGCACCGAAGUAAGUGGCCAGGCAUUCAGUAGGACUUUGUGUGUUGAGUGCCAAACAUUCUGAAAAAUUUGGCUUCAUAAGUCUGGCCUGGUCAGAUCCCCAGUCAAGGGAAGUCGAGUCUUAACUGAAGGCACUUAGCACAUCGCUUGUGUCAGUUGUGACAUAUCCACAUGGCAGCUGAUUGGGCAAAAAACAUGGGCGACUUGUCUGUGAAAUCAGAACUGAACCAGGAAAAAAAAAACACACACACACACACACACACAAAGAAUACUCCACAACAUUGACAUUAAGCUGCGUGAGCCAUCAGAAAUCCACCCACCCAAUUUAACCGCCACCAUGAUUAAGGUGCAGAUUUAGAGCUGCUGUGCCUGAUUUCUGUAUUACAAUGGUGCUCACUGAAGUAGCAACUAGGUGACUGAAGUAGCAAACAAUGUCUGGAAGCACCAGAAAUAGAAGAUGAGAAAGAUUGGAGAACAUAUCAAGAUACCAUCUGGUUAGGUUGCAAGAGGUUAAACAACAUCAGUCUGCCUGGCUGGGGAUUAAUUUCUUAUUUUAAAAUCAGAGCUUGAUUUCAACGUAAUACUCAGCAAUUUUCAGUGAUUGAGGGUUUCAGGAAUGAGAGAGACCGAAUAUCAAGUCUAGAGGGUGUGUAGUUGGCAGGGAGAUGCAUUUGCAGGGGAUUAUGCUUUAGCAUACAGCACCAUCAAGUGAGAAAUUAGGUCCCACGACGCGACGGGAGAUUCAGAGAUGCCUUUGCAAAAACCAAAACAAGCCUCCUGUGACAGAAUAGUCACGUCGCUUAAUGCAUGACUAGAAGGUGCUCGGAUGUGACAGUGACGAGGGCGGUCUAAGAACACAGAGACUAGAAUAGAAUAGACUCCACAGCGUGAAUUUCCUACUACUUCCUCCCACCACCAAUAUACUUUUAGAUUGAAAAAAGGGCAAGUGGUAGGUUUAUACAAUGCCUAGAACAACUGGGUUCCAACCUAGCUGGACCCUAGGUGUUAGCACAACAAAACAGUUAAAUAAUAAUAAACCAAAUCUCCUCUGCUAUCUCCCAGAAUGGAAGUUUAUUCAUUAAAGGCCCUCAUAGGCCAUACGAAUCACUCACUGAAACCCUCCUGUAUCCCAGCCUGUCUACCCCCAACAAUUUAAGCCCCAACCACACUAGGAUAAGAACCAGUAGCAGCACCAAUCGUAUUUCCCUGAGCAGUGGCACAGGGGCUGUCUGAGAUCCAGUCCGCACACACCUGUCCCUUAUGGAGUUCAUUGCUUUAAGGGCCUAACACGGCUCUUGAGCGCACGCACACACAAUCAUCGCUGGCCAGGGAAGUGGUAUUCCAAUCCUGAUAACUCCCACUAGUGCUGCAGCUUCAGCUUCUCCCGAGAGGCUCUAAUAGGGGACUUUGCAGCUCCUGGUUCCCCAUCUCGAGGCCUGCUGGAGGCUCCCAUUGAUUUCAGUAUGCUUCGGAUCAGCCCUGUUUAUAACCAGGAAGAUAAACCAUCCUCGCCCAGCAGGAGAUCCCUUGUGUGGAUGGCGCCGAACAAUUCAACACACAUUAUGGGCGGCAUGCUAGACCCUCAGGACUGAGCUGUGUGGCACGUUCUGGAUCGGGUGGGGAUGAGGGGUGCUGAGGUCAGCCUGUGCUGAGAGCAGGGCUUCCUAGAGCAGGCAACGCUUAGGAAAAUUCUGCUGCAUGCUGACCUUUUAACAUAGAUCUAGGUGUGCGCACAGCGAGACGGUCCCAAUUUUAACCAGGGGGAAUCAGCCGCUCCCUGGCGUUCAAUGGGCUCUGUUGGACAAAGAUCAGUGCUUCAUUUGUGCCAGGGCUGAGCCCUGCAACUCUAGGCCCACAGUUCAUAGCCCUGGCACCUCUGGCCUUGCUGCAUCAGUUACGAAAGUAAAAAACGAUUCCUUGAGCCCUGGUACCUCUUUCAUUAGAAAUUAAACCCUGACCAGGAUGCAAGCUCCAAAGUGGAGUCCCUUCCACAAGAAUACCCUGCCGGAAGCCCCACUCCCAUCCUGUUCAAACUAGGGGCUAUCUGCUUCAGUGCCUCAAAUCUCAACUCAGCACGCUCUGCAAUGGUAUUCUGGAGUCAGGCUUAACAACGGUGUCCGCUAGGAUUGUUCCACUGGGCCCUGUGACCAGGGCACAGCUUUCUAACCAACACAAUCAAGACCAAAGUAUCAAGUGCCCGAGCGCCAUUCUCAAAAGUGACCUAGGUGCCUCAGAGCUGAAGUCCCGCUGACUUUCAAUAGGACAGGUCAAGAUUUUCAAAAGUGACUAGUAAUUCCGGGUGCCACUUGCGACGCCUGGAGGGGGCCCAAUUUUCAGAAAGUGCUAUGGACCGACUUUCUGAAAGAUCAGGCUCCUUUAAGGUGCCUUCAAGUUGGCUACCCAAAGCCACUAGUGACCCUGGAAAACCUUGGCCAUGAGAUCCCAGGUCACUUUGGAAAACAAGAUUUAGGUGCUUUUAUAAUUUUACCCUAAGUCUGGUACUUUGCAAUUCAGAAUAUAUGUCUGUUUCCAAAACCCAUAGGAGUCUUUCCCCUGACUCCCAACGGUCCUGGAUUAAGCCAUUAACAUAAAGAACCCCUUUAAGCUAGACCCUAUGUUCUUUAAUAAAGAAGUGGCAACACUUCUGCCUAUUUUGUCUCCGGUUAUUCUUUUGGUACCUUUCAAAAUCCCUUAUCCACCCCUGCAAGCCCCUCAGCAAUCCUCUCAACAUUUGAUCUUCUUUAGAAAGGCCUUUAUUUGACUUUAUAGUAAACGAAACACUAGUUUAAAUCAAGUGUACCUGGUACACUGUUACAGCAAUGAAGUGGCAACAAUUUUAGACACGACCUACCCUCUCCUUUCCUCCUUCUCCGGGCUGAUCCACUGAUUUAACACUGCCACAGGUGGGUUAGUGGGCAUUUUACGCUCAAACAUGAUUUGGACGAUAAAAACAAGAGCUAAACAUGGAUGAAAUGUUACAGAAGUG